AUGGCAAAUCCCCAUGAACUUUCACAAACAGUUUCAUUAACUAAUGGUCAUAGUUAUGACAUAUUUUUAAGUUUUAGAGGUGUAGACACUCGGUAUAACUUCACAAAUCACCUUCAUAAGGCCCUCUUAGAUGCCAAUAUCGAGACAUUCUUGGAUGAAGUGAUUGCAUAUGGAGAAGAUUUGAGACCAGAACUGGAAACUGCAAUUAGAUCAUCCAGGGCAUCUAUUGUUGUGUUUUCAGAAAACUACGCUUCUUCGAGAUGGUGCCUUAAUGAAUUGGUUUGGAUUCUAGAACAACAAAAGAACUCUGACCAUAGAAUUAUCCCGGUCUUCUAUCACGUUAAUCCUGCUGAUAUAAAGGACCUACAAGGAAGCUUUGGAGAUGCAUUCGCAAAGCAUAGGCAAAAGAUUGAGGACGAGAGAAAUCCGGAGAUAAGAAGUCAACUGGUUUCGAAGAUGAAGCUAUGGAGAGAAGCACUUGUAAAGGUUGCUGGUUUGAAAGGGCAUGAUGUAGAUGACAAAAAGUAA